AUGCGCAUUGGCGGCAGCGUAGGAGGGGGCCUCGGUGGUGGCUUUGGGGGUAGCUACGGGGCUGGCUUUGGAAGUGGCUUUGGAAGUGGCUUUGGAGGUGGCUUUGGAGGUGGCUUGGGAGGUGGCGAUGGCAUCCUCCCGGCUGGGGAAAAGGAGACGAUGCAGAACCUCAACGACCGCCUGGCUGCCUACCUGGACAAAGUGCGUGCCCUGGAGGAGGCCAACACUGACCUGGAGGUCAAGAUCAGGGAAUGGUACAAGAAGCAAGGACCUGGUCCAGAGCGCGACUACAGCCCCUACUACAGGACUAUCGAGGAGCUCAGGAACAAGGUCCUGGUGGCCACAGUUGACAACGCUAACCUCCUCCUGCAGAUCGACAAUGCCAGGUUGACAGCUGAUGACUUCAGGACCAAGUUUGAGACGGAGCAGGCCCUGCGCCUGAGCGUGGAGGCUGACAUCAACGGCCUGCGCAGAGUCCUGGAUGAGCUGACCCUGGCCAGAGCCGACCUGGAGAUGCAGAUCGAGAACCUGAAGGAGGAGCUGGCCUACCUCAAGAAGAACCACGAGGAGGAAAUGAAUGCCCUGCGC